UUCUAGAGAGAGAAAGAGAGAGAGAGGGGCCAUACUAAUGCGACGGGGGAUGCAGCUUGACUAAAUUGGAUAGCAUAGAAAGGGAGACAGGAAACAACGAGUGAGCGACGACAAAAAGGAGAGAGGGGGGGGGAGAGCGACAGCAAAGACCUGUCAGAUGAAGUAGAGACGCUUUUAUUAUCUGAAAAUCCCGUGUGGUCUCUUUUAUUACAGGGCGUUCUGAGCGGGCAGUAUCAGUGUCUCAUGCGCAUGAUCAGCGGUCUACGCAUCCUUCUGCCGGGAGUCAACACACAUCCUCAGCAUCUCUCCGCCUGCUGAGACAGAAAGAAUAAACACUCUUCUCCUCUGCUAAUUAAGGCACUGAUAAGCCUCUUCUCCUUCUGCCUGGUGUGGUUCUGAUUGGGUUCGGUCCAGGGCUGAGUGUGAGAAUGGGGCAUAUGCUGUUUCUGUUGAGCCUUGGCUCUUUGGCUUUGAGCUACGCUGUCGGUGGUGACGUGUGCAUAACGGGUCAUGACACUGGGCCCGUGUUUGAGGAGCAGCCCGGCAGUCUGAUCUACCCUGAGGGACUCAGUGACGGCAAAGUCACUCUCAACUGCCAGGCUAGAGCCAGUCCUGCUGCUACCUACAGGUGGCGUGUGAACGGGACGGAUGUUCUGGUCGGGGACCCCCGGUACACGCUGGUAGCCGGUAACUUGGUGAUCAGUGGUCCCCAGUCGGGUCGUGACGGAGGCUCCUACCAGUGUCUGGCCAGCAACCGCUGUGGUACCAUACUCAGCCGGGCCGCUAACCUGAAGUUUGGCUACCUCCAUGACUUCCCUGGGGAAGGCCGUAGCCCCCAGACAGCGUUUGAGGGAGCGGGUGCUUUCCUGGCAUGUCAGCCCCCUGCCCACUACCCAGCUCUGUCCUACCGUUGGUUCAUCAAUGAGUUUCCCAACUUUGUGAAGUCCGACGGGGGUCGGUGGUUCAUUUCCCAGGUAACAGGUAACCUUUACCUGGCCAAGGCAGAGCCUAACGAUGCCGGAAACUACUUCUGCUUCACCACCAUCAACCUGGACAUCAGCACCAAGAGCACCUUCAGCAAGCCUAGCCAACUAACUGUUCAACCAGAUGCCAACCCCAGGAGGUCUGCUCCUGCUAUCAAAGUACGUUUCCAAACAGAGACAUAUGCCCUGGCUGGACAGAACACCAACCUGGAAUGCUUUGCCUAUGGAAAUCCCGUCCCGAAGUUGCGUUGGAGGAAGGUGGAGGGUCUGUUGCCGUCUAAGGCCGGGGCCAGUGCAGAGGGCCCCAUCCUGACUCUGCCUGAGAUUACCUUUGAUGACGAGGGCAUUUAUGAGUGUGAAGCCUACAACUCUGAGGGCCGCGAUACACACCAGGGACGCAUCAUUGUACAAGCCCAGCCAGAGUGGCUGCAGGUGAUGAGUGACUCUGAGGUGGAGAUCAGCUCCGAGCUGCACUGGACCUGUGUGGCUGCUGGGAAACCAAGACCCUCCAUACGCUGGCUACGCAAUGGACAGCCCCUUAGCACACAGGACAGAGUGGAGGUCAAUGGGGGUCAUCUGAAAAUCGUCAACUUGGCACUAGAGGAUUCUGGGAUGUAUCAGUGUGUGGCUGAGAACAAACACGGGACCAUCUACUCCAAUGCUGAGCUAAGGGUGCAAGUCCAGGCCCCAGACUUCCGCUCCAACCCAGUGAGGAGGCUGAUCCCAGCAGCACGAGGGGGGCAGGUUAUGAUGGAAUGUCGGCCGCGAGCCGCCCCCAAACCUACCCUUUUCUGGAGCCGUGGCACUGAGCUCCUCACCAACAGCACCAGGGUUACAGUUACUCCAGACGGGAUCCUGUGGAUCUAUAAUAUUAGCAGGGCAGAUGAGGGGAAGUACACCUGCUUUGCUGAGAACUACCUCGGCAAGGCCAACAGCACUGGACACCUGUCUGUCAGAGAUGCAACUAAAAUCACCCUGGCACCCUCUAACGCUGACAUCAACCAGGGGGAGAACGUCACGCUGCAGUGUCAUGCGUCACACGAUCCCACCAUGGACCUCACCUUCACUUGGGCUCUCAACGGAGCUCUACUGGACCUGGAGAACCCCGCCGGGCCAUACCAUCGUGUGGAGGGGAAGGAGACGAUAGGUGAUCUGUUGAUAGUGAAUGGUCAGCUGAAUCAGGCGGGAACGUACAGCUGUACGGCUCAGACCGUUGUGGACAGCGCCACGGCGUCCGCUAAACUGGUGGUCAGAGGUCCCCCAGGACCUCCCGGUGGUUUGGUGGUGAAGAACGUUGCUGAGACUUCAGUGGAACUGCGGUGGAGUCGUGGCUACGACAACCACAGCCCCAUUGGGAAAUAUGUCAUCAUGAGUCGCUCGCCACUGUCCCCCGGUUGGCGAAGGAUGAGGACAGUCCCUCCUAACAUCGAGGGCAAUGCUGAGGCGGCUCGUGUGAUUGGCCUGUCGCCCUGGAUGGACUAUGAGUUCCAAGUCAUCGCCAGCAACAUCCUGGGCAGUGGGGAGCCUAGCAUGCCCUCUCACACCGUACGCACACAGCAGGCAGCCCCCACCGUGGCCCCUAGUGGACUGGGGGGAGGAGGAGGAGACCGCAACGAACUCAUCAUCACCUGGACGCCUAUGGCCAGAGAGUACCAGAAUGGAGAUGGCUUUGGCUACAUCCUGGCGUUCCGGAAGCUGGACUCUGCGACAUGGAUGGUGGAGCGGGUUGCCAACGUGGAGUCGUCGCGCUACGUGUAUUCCAACCAGAGCCUGUCCCCGUACUGCCCAUUUGAGGUGAAGAUAAAAGCCUAUAACCGUAAAGGAGAGGGACCAUUCAGCCAGAUCGCCCUUGUGCACUCUGCAGAGGAGGAGCCCACAGUGGCACCGUCGAGGAUCAACGCCACGGCUCUGACAGCGUUCGACGUGCAGGUGUCGUGGGACCCUGUCCAACAGCUCAGCGCCAACGGCAUCCUCCGAGGCUACGAGAUUCGGUACUGGCGUCAGCACGAGCGGGAGGCAGCCGCGGACCGCGUGCGUACAGCUGGGCUGGAGACGACAGCCCGUGUGACAGGACUGAGACCCAGUACCCGGUACCAUGUUACCGUACUGGCUUACAACAGCGCUGGCACUGGACCAGCCUCACCCAGAACAACAGUCACCACCAGGAGACCACCUCCUGAUCGUCCCCCUGCCAAUGUGUCCUGGAAGACUGAUGGUUCAUGGGUAACUGUGAGGUGGGAUCAUGUAAAGGCCCUAGAUAAUGAAUCGGCUGUAUUGGGUUACAAGGUUCUGUACAAGCACGAAGGCCAGUCUGCGCUGAAGGUUCUGGACAAGGGAAAGAACUCUGUGACCCUGCCACUGCCCAAAGACAACGGCUAUGUGGUCCUGGAGAUCCGCUCCUCUGGGGAGGGGGGUGACGGAGCAGCUCAUGAGACCAUUGUCUCCCGUGACUCCGGAACUGGAAUGAUGGUACAGAACCAGGCAGGAUCCCUGUGGUCCAUUCAUGUCUCUCUCCUCCUCACCGGAACACUCUCCCUCACCCUCAUUGCCUUACUGGACUUGUAAUUUAAGCCAAUCCCUGGACAUUGUGUUUCAUGGUCUAAGCCUAUUGGUCAGAUUUACCUAUCUAGAGGUUUGUUGGGUGGGGUAAGGGGAUGAAUUUCAACAGGUGGGGUGGGAUAUGUGCUGUACUAUUUUGACACACGUGGGGUGGGGGUAUUGUCAAAUUAACUAAUGGUUAUUUUAAUCUUUUUAUAAGAAAAUCAAAGUGACAUUUUUUUAAGUGUGUGUCUGUGGGGUUUCAUGGGCGCUCAGACUACCUGAUUGUCAAUUACACUAGUGUAAUUAGAACCUGGCUUCAUGGGGAUAUAAGGAGGCUUUUGUCGUUUUCCUUCACAACAGCAGGGCCGUCUGUCACUGUCUCCAUGUCUCCUUGCCUUCCCUCAUCUGCUUCAAACCCAAGGCCCAAAAUCGAACUCAACCUGUGUAUGUAGAACAUCAUGUGUACAUAUAUACAGAAUAGACAGCCUCUUUGGUUUGGUCAGAUGCUUGACCACCUCACGUUUAAGAGGGGGGAUUAAAUAUUGGUGUCUUAAAACUCAUGAUUUUUGUUGUCUACUUCAAAUAGAACUCACUGUAAAUACAACGCUAGCUUAGAUUAUUGGUCUUUCUUAUGACAUUUUAGGAUUGUCGGCCUGUGUAUUUUGUUAAAUUGCUUUAAUGUUUGUUUGUUUGCAAUGACAGCGUCAAGAUGAUGAACUUCACAGGGCCAAAUGAAUGUUUACCCUUUUUUUAUUGUUUAUGUUCAGAUAAAAGAACACAAAUUGAUAAAAAUGUUAAUCAGCUAUGUGUUUACAAAAAAAACAUUAUAUUUUUGGGGUUGGAAAUAACCCAUCUUUGCCAGAGAAUAAGAGGAGUGGUUUUGCCAUGGCAUUUGUUCAGAUAAAAGGAUUAUAGUGAUCACCAAAGUACAGUGAUAUCGCUGUUAUUAGUUUUAAAGCCUAUAUGAACGCCACCAUCUAUCACCUACAGUAUUGUGUAACAUAUCCUGUUGUUCAUUACCUUUUAAUCACACAACGCUUCUGCUAUAAAUACUGAAUGUCUGAGCUCACAGGAGGCACAGCACCAAACCCAGUCUGAUAGAUAGAGUCUGAUAGUUAAUCAUGAAACUCCUGUGGUAUUGAUUUUUGUGCUAAGCAAGGAGGAUACCCACACACUGAUUAAAUUAGCAAUGGGCAGAAUGGCAGCCUGCAGAUCAUGCUCCAAUUAUGUAAUGUUGUAUGUAUUAGAGAACUCAGUCAGCCAAACUGAGUUAUAACAGUACAGCAGAAAAUGUAUAAUUUCAACAUUUGGUUGUGCAUUUAGUUGGCAUCAGUGUUUUUUUUUUUUUGGUUGACUCGCUCAAGAAGCCCAUAUUAUCACCUUUUGUUCUGUCUGAAUAAUUUGCCUAGCUUUAGCUAUCAGGUGGUAUCUAAACAUUUAGUAGUCAUUUAGAGCUUAAACAUUUUUGGCUAGCCAUGUUUUGGGCCUGUGAGUCACUGAUUAAUUUAGGUGGCUCUCAUCUUAUCAUAGUCGCAAUAUUUCCAGUUACAAUAGAAACAUGUCAGCCACUGUCUUUGACGAGUGUUUUGCCACUGUCCAAAAUGUGGCAGUAUUUGAACAGUGAGUAUCCUCCUUCCUAUAUCUGAUACCCCUUCAUAAAGUCUGUGGAAUGUGCAUUCUGUACGAUACCAUGAACUAUAGAUUUUUUGGUUAUUAAAAUUGUUUAAUGAUAAACAGACAUUUCAACACAGUUUGUCUGCCCUCAGUAAACCAUAGGGAACAGGAAAUCUUAGGCAACGUAUUCUCCUGUUUUAUUCCAUAUCUGUUGGCCUUAACCAAGCUGCUACAUUUUAUUCUAUGCAGAAGAACCGCUCAAGGUAUCAAGCUCUGGGGCACUACAGGGUUUGUGAGUCAUCCCACAUUGUAAUUCUAUUUGUGUGAUUCCAAAACCUCUCAGGAGUGUAGGUAUCCAGAAGGCUUUGUUAUGGUUUGGAGGAUGUUCAGAGUAGCCCCGCAAUUAUGUUUGCUAUAAUAGUCUGGGAGGUAAGAAAAUGUCUGGCUGACAGUGUGGUUGGAUGACACUUGAUUUAAAGAGAAUCUAUUUGUUAGCAUCAUUUUACUUUUCAGAGCCAACAACUGUAUAGAAAUCAUUACGAUGCAAGGAAGUCUUCUGAACAGACAUCCACUGAUUGUAAACGUGAGUGAGAAAUAAACACAUUCAAUAUAAAACAUGUUGAAGACAAUCUGAUACAGCAUUUACCCCGGUAUACUCAGUGCCCAAUAGUGCCAGUCAAAUUGUCCUUAUAAUUCAUCAGCACAGUAGUCCCUGCUUAACUCAUGAGGAUUUUAUGUCAGUCUGUGAAGCUGUCUGCCUCACAGGGUUCAGCAUCCUUUUCUAUUGGAUUGGGAAUCUUUUUUUACAAAUGUAUUGUAUGUGGAUCACUGUAUUGGAGACUGGGGUUGGUUUGUCACGGGGGUUGGUUUGUCACAGGUCUUGGUUUUCACAGGGGUUGGUUUGUCACAGGUCUUGGUUUUCACAGGGGUUGGUUUGUCACAGGUCUUGGUUUUCACAGGGGUUGGUUUGUCACGGGUUGGUUGCCACAGGGCUUGGUUUGUCACAGGAGUUGGUUGCCACAAGGGUUGGUUGUCACAGGGGUUGGGUGUCACAGGGGUUGGUUUCUCACAGGUGUUGGUUUCUCACAGUUGUUGGUUGUCACAGGGGUUGGCUGUCAGACAGCAUCUUACUGAAAGUAUGGGGUCACAAUGAUAUUGAUGUUGUUUAUCACAAUCUUUGUUUUGCAUCUUUAGCAUAGAACAGUUUAAUUGAUUCCAUUUGAAUUCAGUAUUAUUCAAUACACAGUAAUGUGCAGGACAGUUUAAUUCAGUAUUGCAAAGCACAGCAGUAAAUAUUAUCAUGCUGUAUAGUAAGUUCAGUCCAGUUGGGUUUAGUAUAGUUUAAUUCAGUAAUAUACAGUUUAAUUUAGGGCAGUAAAACAACAACAACAUGUUGUUUCGUUAAGAGAGUUAGGGUGCGGCUUAUUUUAUUGAAAAGAGUAUUAUGCAAUAUACUAGUUGUAAGAAAAACACUUAUCAGUAAAAUGUUUGACAGCUGUUCCCUGUCUCUCAAUACAUUAAAAGAAAGAGGGUAGCAAUAAAAAUAGCAUAUUGAAACGGCAGAACGAAUGGGUAAAGCCUUUCAACUUGCCUGUCAAGCUACAGGUAAACACGUAGUGCAUGAUAAGGUAUCUUGCAGAAAAAGCACGAUCAAACAGAUACUAAGGCCUGAUAUGCUGUUAGCCACAAGACCACACAUUUCUGUACACCGUAUCACAUAAAGUUGUUUAAUAUCGUUCAAGAUAAACUGGUACGACCACCGACUGGGCAGCAGAUCUUUUUCCCAUCAGCACGGGAUACAAGUUAAUAUUGUAAAGAAACAUACUGUCUGUAAACCAGAUAUGACUUAUCAACAUUCUGUAGAGGUUUGGUGUAAUGUUGUUAGCUCACACUUAGCUCACAAAUAAGACGCAAACAAUUGUGAUCUGCCAUUGCUUUGUUUGUAACCCAAUGGGGAAGAAUGAAAACACCUUGUGUUAAAUGAUGUUGCCUGAAACGAUGUUGCCUUUUUUGUUAUGUAAUUAAAGAUGCAUAGUAGGAGAUUUAAAAAAAAGAUUUAACCAGUAGUUGUGAAAGUGGUGCUCAUGAGCCAAGAUGGGUCAAUGUUUUUUGUGUACUACAAUGUCAUCCUACUAUGUCUGGUAUGUUAUGAAUUUGGUGAUCGUAAGAUGCCCUUAUCAGUUGUGUAUGUGAAUGUGAAUGUUUAAGUCUACCAAACGCUUUUGGUUUUCAAAAAUCCCACUGGCUACAGAGACACAUUAUAUCACUUCACCUACAAAAGGCCUCAUGAUAUUUUGCCAUUCGCAGUGUGUCAGUGUGACGCCAUAUAUACUCAAAAUAGUUUGAAGGCAUUGUUCAGUGAUGGGAAAUCUUGGGCUUGGAAGCAGCCAUUGGAUUGGACCAGGACAGGGGAGCAGCUUUCAUUGAUGUCGAGGAAAGUGUUCCCUCAAUGACGGAUGGCAAAGUCUGAUGCCGAAGGCUGUUGUGUAGCAGGGCCAUAAUUCAUCAUCUUUCAUUAUCUCCGUAAUACUAAACAGAAAUCAUGUUCAAUAAUGUUUCUAUCAAUGAUUGUUUGGUUCAUCUCACUUUCUGGUGGAAGCUAUGACUGCACUUGAAGUAGUCGUUGCCUGUAAUAAUAGAGCUAGGAUCUUUUAUUUUCCCUCAAUUGCUAACCUGAACCAUAAGGGAAAUAACAACAUAUCUGACUAUGUAUCAGUGGUAAGGGGAAACCUUUAUAUUGUUUUCGUCAGCUGAAUUGCUUGAAAUAUUAUGUUCUGACACCAUUGGGCCAUGUUAAAUCUGUGAUUGAAUGGGAAUAUGACAGGGGAAUGACACUUGUAAAUAUUACUCAAUAAACACCUUGGGAUUGUAUUUAAAACA